AUGGUUCCGAAACUCUACUGCACCCCAGAGUCUGGGAACUGCUACAAAGUCCGACUUCUCGCCAGCUUACUCGACGUCCAGCUGGAACAAGUGCACGUGGAUUUCUUCAAGUUGCAACACCGCUCGCCGGAAUUCCUGGCCAUCAACCCUCGGGGCGAGCUGCCGACUCUGGUCGAUCAAGGGAAAGUCUUCAACGAUUCCAGCGCGAUUCUCAUUUAUCUCGCGGGGACGAACGCGGAUCGAGGUUCCAAAGCAGUGCCCUCGAGCUACUGGUCUUCCGACGUCGUGGAACAGGCCUCGAUCGUGGACUGGCUCGCCUUCACGGCCAGCUGGAUCCACUUCGGACUCUGCAAAGCCAGAGCGAUUGUAUCGUUCAAUUGGCCGGCGAACGCCAGCGAGGAGGUCAUUGCGGAGACGAAGGAAAGGGGAGUGAAAUCGCUUGAGAUUCUGGAGAAGAGGCUAGAAAAGGAGCAAUGGUUGGCUCUGUCACGGCCGACCGUCGCCGAUGUGUCGAUAUUUGUCUACGUUGCUUUGGCGCAUAUGGGCGACAUCUCGUUGGACCCGUACCCCGCGGUGAAGGCGUGGGUGGAAAGGAUGCAAGGGCUGCCCGGAUUCGUUCCGCUUGAUGGCUUGGACAAGGCGAUGCACUAGACCUGAGAUGCAGGAUGCCCGCCCCAUGCGAACGGAGGUUUUGCAUCCUCAAACACGCUCGGAAAAUAAAAUGUGGUCGUCAUUGUAUAGAC